AUGGCGUCGUCAAGCAAGCUUGCUUCGGUGCCGGACGCCGAGCUGGACGCCUACAUCGCCGACCUCAUCGUACGCAAGUCCAAGACGAGGCACACCGGCGACUCCGUUCCAGACGACGUGGAGAGCAGCAGCGCACCGUCUCGCGUGCCGAACACAAACAAGCGGUUCUUGACAUCGGUGAUCCGCAAUGUCGAGGGGCACAAUCAGGCGCUGCUGCGGCAGCAGGAGCGAGAGGUCGAAAGAGAGGCUCGUCGUGCCAAGCGCGAGCACGCAGGUGAGUCGUCCAGACUGCGGGGCUGGUCGGACGACGAGCGCAGUCCGAGCAGCUCGUCAACCAAGCCGCAAGGCGAGGAUGGCCCGUCGAGCAAGAUGGAUCGGUAUUUUGACGAGGCGCCCUCGGAAGGCGCGAGAACAUCAAACCCACAACAGAGGGGCGAACGGAACCGCGCACCUCGGAAGGCGAAGCAAACGGCGCGAAGAAGGAACACGGUCAAAGUCAGAGCGGAAGGAGAGCAGCGGUCGGUCAAGGAAAAGGAGCGCAUCUCCUCCGCCGCCCAAGAAGGUCCGUGA